AGGCUGGCGCACAGUCAGAUCCACAGCAUCCGGGACCUCCAGCGACUCCUGGAGAUAGACUCCGUAGGGGCUGAGGAUGCUUUGGAAGCGAGUCUGAGAGCCCACGGGAGCCAUGCCACCAAGCAUGCACCUGAGGAGCCGCCCGUGCCCAUCCGGAGGAAAAGAAGCAUUGAGGAAGCCAUCCCCGCGGUCUGCAAGACCAGGACGGUCAUUUAUGAGAUACCUCGGAGCCAGGUCGACCCCACGUCUGCCAACUUCCUGAUCUGGCCCCCGUGCGUGGAGGUGAAGCGCUGUGCAGGCUGUUGCAACACCAGCAGCGUCAAGUGUCAGCCUUCCCGCGUCCAUCACCGCAGCGUCAAGGUGAGCCCUGGGCCCCGCCUGGGGCGCCCCGAGGCUGAAGGCUGA